GGCGGGACGUGGGGCAGGAACAUUCUGGACACCAUUGGGAAGGGACGGAGUGAUGGCAGGGCUGAAGACGGCGAGUGGGGAGGACAUUGACGGCUCCUUCGAGCUGCAGGUGGAGGUGGAGGAGGGAGGUGCCAUGGGGCAGGGAGAUGCCACGGGGCAGGGAGAUGCUGUGGGGCAGCCCAGCCCCCCAGCAGCUCUCCGCAUCCUUGCCCUCCGUGUCACCGGGGACCUGCACAUUGGUGGCCUCAUGCGCCUCAUCGUGGAGACCAUUGGGGAGGCCCGGGACUGGUCGGACCACGCGCUGUGGUGGGUGCAGCAGCGGCGGUGGCUGCUGCCCCCCGGGCCCCCCCUGGACGCGCUGGGUGUCGGGGGGGGCUCCCGGCUCCGCUUUGUCCCCCGGCACCGCCCGCUGCGGCUGCGGCUCCCGGGCGGGCACGUCCUGCGGCUGCACCUCAACUUCGCCAGGACCCCCGGGUGGCUGGACGCCUCGCGGUCCCUGAUGGAACAGGACGUGGUGGACGAUGAGGAGCUGCUGCUGCGCUUCAAGUACCCCUGUGCCAUGGGGCUGGACCCCCAGGAGGGCGGGCUGCGCAUUGCGCUGCUGCAUGAGCAGGCACGCGGGGCCCUCCUGGCCGAGGAGAUCGACUGUACCGAGGAGGAGAUGCUGCUCUUUGCUGCCCUCCAGUACCAGAUAGAUGGGGCAGAGGGGGGUGAUGGGGACCCCAAGGGCCCCCUCGAGCCCCAGGACCUGGACACAGCCCUGGACAAACUGGAGCUGAGCCUGGAGGGGCAAAGGACCACCAUCCUGCCAGAGGAGCUUGGAGCUGCCCCUGAGCUGGUGGAGGAGCUGGAGAUCUACAGGUCCUCCCGCUGGCCGUUCUGGGGUUCCCGACCUGCCCGGGCCGUGCUCUCGGGGUCAUCACUGUCACUCUGGAGCCUCCCGAGAUCGGGGGGGCCCCCACAGCAGCUCAACCUCCGCGGCUGUGAGGUGACCCCUGACAUGGAUUUGGGGGCGCAGAAGUUUUACAUCAAACUGCGGGUGCCGACACCGGAGGGGAUGAGCGAGACCCUCCUGCGCUGCCGUGAUGCCCCCCAGUAUGCCCGUUGGGUCGCCGGGUGCCGCUUGGCCUCCCGUGGGGGGUCCCUGUUGGCCACAUCACUCGGGGCGGAGGCUCAGGGGGUCCUGGGGGUCCAGCCAGGGAGGGAGGACCCCACUGUGCCUCCCUGGGCCCUCUCACGCCGACCCCCAGAUCCACAGCAGCUGUUGCCCCCCCGCUUCCAGCGCAAGUUCAAGGCCAAGCAGCUCACCCCCCGGCUGCUGGAGGUUCUGCACCGUGUGGGGACACUGACCCCAGGCCAGGCCCGGCUGCGCUUCGUGGAGGCCUGGAGGGCCCUGCCAGGGUUCGGGCUGGGGCACUUCGUGGUGAGGUUCCAGGGUGCCAGGCGUGAUGAGAUUUUGGCUGUGGGCCCCUCACAGCUGCUCCGGAUCGAUCCUGGCUCUGGCGCCGUCACCCGCAGCUGGAGGCACAGUGACCUGCGCCAGUGGGACGUCAACUGGGACAGCCAGCAAGUGCGGCUGUGGCUGACUGGGGACGUGACGCUGGGGCUGCGGGUGCUCUCGGCAGCCCCCCGGGUGCUGCACCAGUUCCUGGGGGGGUAUCUGGUGCUAGGGGGACAGCGGCCAGGGCAGCUCCCAGACCCUGAUGUGCUGAGGCGCCUGAUGGAAGGGGGGGAUGACCCCUAACGCCCCCAAGCCCCAUGCAAGAGUGGCCUCAUGCAAAUGCCCCCAUCCCACUGUUGGCACCAGCCUCAACUCCCCCAAUCCCUGUUCCUCCCACAGCACUUGUGCACCCUCCCUCCCUCCUCCUGCUGUGCAAGGCACUUGUGCAAGGCUUGUGCAACACUGGUGUGAUGGAGCUGAACGUGCUUACUGUGCUCAACAGAAUGGUGGUGGCUGUUGGGCCUCACAGGCAAGGGGGUCACAGUCCGUCCUCGUGGCAGGGGCUCUCACUGUCCUUGUGCAAAAGGUUUGGACGCCCCAGUCCUCAUGGAAGAGGGUCACAAACCAUCCUCGUGUGACAAGGCCACAACUCUGUCCUCAAAUGAGGAGUCUGGACCCCCACAAUCCUCAGGGGCUCUCAUCUCACUGUCCUUGGGCAGUGGGAUCCCACUGCCCCUCCUGGACUCCCUGGACCCCCAAAUCACCCCAGGGCACCAACUCUCCUCCUGGGCUCC